AUGAUUUCUUUCUCUCCCACAGGGAAGCCCCUUCUCCCCCCUCCCCAGAACGUGACGCUGCUCUCCCGGGACUUCGGUGUGUACCUGACAUGGCUCCCAGGGCCUGGCUACUCCCAGAACGUGACCUAUUUUGUGGCUUAUCAAAGCGCUGCGACCCCCAGACGGUGGAGAAAAGUGCAGAAGUGCGAAGGAACCAAAGCGCUGGUGUGUUCUUUGAUGUGCCUGGAGAAACAGGACCUGUACAACAAGUUCAAGGGGCGCGUAUGGGCAGCUGCUGCCAGCGCCAGGUCCCCCAUGGUGGAGUCCAAGUACCUGGACUACCUUUUUGAAGUGGAGCCAGCCCCACCCGCCCUGGUAGUCACUCGGACAGAGGAGGUCCUGAGCAUCAAUGCCACCUAUGAGCUGCCCCACUGCAUGCCCCGACCGGAUCUGAAGUAUGAGGUGGAUUUCUGGAAGGAGGGAAUCAAGAACAAGACGCGAUUUCCAGUCACCUCCCAUGGCCAGCCAGUGCAGAUCCCCCUGCAGCCAGCCGCCAGUGGCCACUACUGCCUCAGCGCCAGGACCAUCUACACCUUUGGUGAUCCUAAAUACAGCGAGUUCUCCAAGCCCACCUGCUUCUUCCUGGAUGCCCCCGGAGCCAGCUGGGCAUUCCUGGUGCUGCUACCACUUCUGCUUCCCCUGCUGUUGGUCAUUGCCAUAGGCUUUGUGAUCUGGAAGAGCUUCAGAGAGAACCCCUGGUUUCAGCAGGCAAAGAUGCCAUGGGCCCUGGACUUUUCUGGAAACAGAUACCCCGUGGCAACCCUUCAUCCCAGUGGUCCUGAGCCCCUGGAUACCUUGACCCUCUGUCCCCAAAAGGAACUGACCGGAAGGGUCCGGCCAAGCCCCGGAGUCAGGACCCCAGCCACCAUCCAGGCAGGACCAGAGAAGAACAGUGCUGAGGAGGUGGAUGAUGAGGAGGACACAGACGACAAUGUCAACUUUCAGCCCUACCUUGAACCACCCUCCUUCCUAGGGCAGGAGCACCAGAUCCCGGGAAACUCUGCGGCAGGGGACACCUGGAGCCCUCCUGUCCAGGUCGAAGGCUGGUCUGCUACGGAUGCUUCAGACAGAAGCUGGACCAGUGUGGGGGGCUCCUCCCCCUGGGAUGAGUCUGAGUCCUCUUGCUAUUUGGCCAAGAAGACGCCAGGCCAAGGGCCAGGUGGGGACAGGUGUCAGGAGCCUCUCCCACUGCCUGAAUUCUCCAAGGACUUGAGUUUCCUGGAAGAUCCCCAGAAAGAUGACCUCUCCUCCUGGGCCAGCUGGGGCUCUUUCUCACCAGGGCUGGAUCUGCUCCCUGGGGAGCCCCCAGUUUCUCUCCACACACUGACCUUUUGCUGGGACAGCAACCCUGAAGAGGAAGAGGAGGAGGAGGAGGACGAAGAAGAAAGUGAAGAUGGAGGAGGAAGGGAAUCAGAAAUUAAGGAUGACAGUCCUGGCAGCUGGGGGGCCGGGAGCCUACAGAAGACUAAGGUCAGAGGUCGGACCCUGGGACAUUACAUGGCCAGGUGAGCCAUUCCCCAGCUCCACCCCCCACCACAUCUGGUGCCACUGAGCUUUCCUAGGACCGAGAUGCCACUGAGACUUGAGAGUCUGGGAGCAUCACCACUGAGGACAUGGAGGGUUCUUGAAGCAUUUCGGAAACCCCAGGGUUGUUGUCAAUUGCCUUGAGCAGUAAGAAGCCACUGCAUCGUCUUUGACUCACCAGCUUUGGGCUGAGCUGAGGGAGGGGUGGAGACAAGAAUGGGCUGAGGUCAGAGGUUGGUUGGGUGUUUGUAUCACCCCCACUGCCUUUGGAGUGACAGGCCAGUUAGGAGAAUCAUCCCUGAAUAGCAUGAAACUGGUGAAGUCAGGUCACAGUGGACACCAGAGGCUGUCCUGACAUCACAUGGGGCCAUCUGGAUCUGGCGGGAGGGAAAUGGGAGCACAUCUUUGUCACUGUCAUGUCUUUCUCUGGCACCUGCCGAGCUCCCCCACCCACAGGUCUCAGCCUCCUAGUUCAUGAAUUGUCUUGGGUGGGCCCCAGUAAAGAAAGAUCUAGUAAGCAGGGGAUGUUGGAGAGGAAGGGAGAGGGUAGUCAUUAUUCAAAUCCCAGCCUCUGACUCAUGGAAUUACAUACCUUUUAUGAUCAGAUGACCUGGAUUCAAAUCCCAGCUCUGACGUUUACCAGUCAUGGGACCUUGGGUAACCCACCUUCCUUCACUCUACCUAGGUUUUCUCAACCGUUGCUGAGAGUCCCAAGAGAGAGACGUGUAGUGUGGUGCCUGGCACAUCACUGGUACUCUCUGCAUGGUGGCUGGUGGGCUUCUCCAUCCUCCCAGGCUCUGAGAAGACUCCUGGGCCCCUCCCACCUGUGACCCCUAAACUCUGAGCAACUAACAUUCACCUUUUAGCGGGUCUCACCUCCGAUCUACCUCCUGCCUUCUACCCUAACUUCCUCUCUCCUCUUGGUCAGGAAACUGCACUCUCAGAAGCCAGAGCCCAGCCAAGAGGGACCCUGACCCUUCUCCCCUUUCCCGGAAAAGAAGGAACCAAAUGAUCCACCUUCCAGGGGUCUGCUUUGUUGG